UAAUCGAAGGCUGUCAUGACUUCGGCAUCAGAAGUCAAUGGUACAGUCAAUGGUGUAGUUCCCUUCGCUGUUGCUUUGCUCUGCGUGCGGUGCGGGCUACAAUUUCCUGUGGAAGGUUUGAUGCAGGAGAGAACCAUGGCGGCCACUGAGAUAGCUCGACAAGCGGGAGAGGGUGCACGUGCCGUCCCACUCUCUGGUCAUGUUGGCUUCGACAGCAUGCCAGACCAGCUGGUCAACAAAUCCGUCAACCAUGGCUUUUGCUUCAAUAUCCUCUGUGUUGGGGAGACGGGUUUGGGAAAGUCAACCCUGAUGGACACCCUGUUCAAUACCAAGUUUGAGGGUGAGCCUACGCAGCACAAUCAGCCCGGGGUGCAGCUCAAGUCCAACACUUACGAGCUGCAGGAGAGCAAUGUUCGCCUUAAGCUUACUAUGGUCAACACUGUAGGGUUUGGAGAUCAGAUCAACAAAGAGGACAGUUACAAGUCUAUUGUGGAGUUCAUUGAUGCUCAGUUUGAAGCGUACCUUCAGGAGGAGCUGAAGAUUAAACGCACCCUACACAGUUAUCACGAUACACGGAUCCACGCUUGUCUGUAUUUCAUCGCCCCCACCGGACAUUCGCUAAAGUCCCUUGACCUUGUUACUAUGAAGAAACUGGACAGUAAGGUGAACAUCAUUCCCAUCAUUGCCAAAUCAGAUGCCAUCUCAAAAAGUGAACUUGCCAAAUUCAAAAUCAAAAUCACGAGUGAGCUGGUGAGCAAUGGCGUCCAGAUCUACCAGUUCCCCACUGAUGAUGAGACUGUGGCCGAGAUCAACUCGACCAUGAACGGUCAUUUGCCGUUUGCAGUGGUGGGAAGCACUGAGGAAGUGAAGAUUGGGAACAAGAUGGUGCGAGCACGCCAGUACCCCUGGGGAACCGUGCAGGUGGAAAACGAGAAUCACUGUGACUUUGUCAAGCUGAGAGAGAUGUUGAUCAGGGUGAACAUGGAGGACCUGCGAGAGCAAACUCACACACGCCACUAUGAGCUCUACCGCCGCUGCAAGCUGGAGGAGAUGGGCUUCAAAGACACUGACCCCGACUGCAAACCCUUCAGCCUACAGGAAACAUAUGAAGCCAAGAGAAAUGAGUUCAUGGGUGAGCUGCAGAAGAAAGAGGAGGAGAUGAGGCAGAUGUUUGUCCAGAGAGUCAAAGAGAAAGAGGCCGAGCUGAAAGAGGCUGAAAAGGAGCUGCAUGAAAAGUUUGACCGUCUCAAGAAGCUCCACCAGGAUGAGAAGAAGAAACUAGAGGAUAAGAAAAAAUCUCUGGAUGAUGAGUUGAACGGCUUCAAGCAGAAGAAGACAGCUGCAGAGCUCCUGCAGUCUCAGGCCCAGCAGGCAGGAUCAUCCUCCACACUCAAGAGAGACAAAGAGAGGAAAAAUUAACCCUCCACCUGCUCCCAGUCCCGCAUGAGACACCUUAUGCUGCUUCUUUUAACUUUGUCUUGGCCAACUGUCUGAAGAGGGGAUUGCAACAAGAGCUAAACGGCCACUCUUCUUCCUGUCUUUCUCAAUCCGUCAGCCUUUUUUUAAAACAUUUGUUUCAUUGACAUUUUUUCGUUUUUUUAAACUUUCAUGCUGUGUGCCCUGUUGAACAUGGCCUUAUGUGAGAUUAACAUGGUAUUUUUCACAAAAAACUUUGUUUCCUUGAAAGGGCAUGCUAAGCAGUCCAUCAUUAGUAUUUUGACACAUGAAAUUCGCUGGCGACACCAGAACAUAAAGAUCUAGUAGACAGGUUUGAACACAUAUAGUUUUGUUUAGUCGUAGAUGGACAAAGCCUCAUCUUUUACGUCCAUGAUAUUGCCUUGCCGUUUCAGUUUGUUCGAAACAUUUCGUUUCUUUUAUAAAUACAUGUUUACUUGUGAAUGAACUUGCAUGUCCUCAUGAACUAACACACUGUUAACUGUGAGGAUUAAACGGAAACUAACUCAUUUCUUUUGCAAGCAUUAGACUAUUUGUUCAAAUUUUAUUUAGGAUGUGAAACUAAGUUGGGUAGAGUAAGAUUAUCUUUAUUAAGACAUUUUGGCCAGCUGGCUGUGAAACAUUGAGAAAAUCCAAAGAAAAUGGGCCUGCAUGUUCCUGGUUGUUAAUGCAGCAAAAUAUGUUAAGUGAGAGAUCAACUGGCUGUAAUUUUAACAAGAAUCUUUAUCUGAAAGCUUGAGUUAAAUAUAAGUUAAAUCUAGAAGAUUUCUAUGUUUUUUAAUUCCCUACGCAUUUUUUCAGGAAGCAUUUCAAUUUGACAAAGUCGGCAAUAUAGCUAUAAUUUAUUUCACUUAAAAUAUAGGUUAAUCUAAUAGAGUAAUGAAGCACCUAUUGAAAUACCAUGUAGGUCACAUUCAGUGCUACGUUUUUAUAAAUGCUUUAUUUUCUGUUCUGUUGCAUGCCCUGAACAUAUUAUUGUUUAUGAAAUCAUUUUAAAGGCUCUUUGCUUUGACAUAUUUACUCCUUAAAUGCUUUGUUUUUGGACUAUUUUAAUAUGUGUAUUUAUUUUAGGUACAACGUUUAGUCACAUUUAGAUUCAUAUAUGUAAUUUCCCAGUUUGCCAAAUACUGCAUUUAGAUAUAUACGUGAAGGGUUUACGGUCAUUUUUUAAGGUACAGAUGUUCAUGUGCAGUACAUAUAAUUUUUAAAGACCUAUUUUGCGUGUCAAUGUAGAGACUUGUUUUAAUGAUCAAUUACGUCAUUGACAUGUGACUGUUUUCUGUGUGAAACAUUUUGACAUUUUUCUAGUCACCUUCCAUAUUUUCCCCUCAAUGUCAAUUACCCUCACCCCUGUAAUACCACAAAUUUGUGAAAUAUUGAACUGUAGUCAAAUUCCAUGGUGUACAUUUUCAAUAAAACUACAUUAAAACAA